AGAAUCACCACCUAACCGCCGGGCCAAACUACGGCCAGAGUUGUGCUACGUGGUUACGUCGGCUGCCGUCGAAAUGCCACCGAAAAAGAAGGGCAACAAAAAGAACCAGGACUGGGAGGACGACGAUCAGUCGGAGAAAUCGUCGAUCGUACUGGAUCCACCCGCUGGUGGCGGUGGUAAAAGUGCGAAAAAGAAGGGAGGCAAAGUUGACAACGUGGUAGAUUCGGACGAUGAAAGUGUGCCAGCUGGACGGGGCAAAAAGGGCGCAGCAUCUGCACCGGCCAGCUCCGGAGCUGGUGGUAAAAAGGGCAAAAAAGGCAGAAAAGGUGAUGACGAUUGGAGUGAUAAUGAGGAACCACCGGCGGCGGCGAGUAAAGGGCGCAGCAAGGCACCACCGAUUGUGGAUUCCGAUGAGGAGGAGAAGAAACCGGCCGUAAAAUCGGGUCAGGGCAAGAAGGAACAGAAGAAGGCACCGGCGAAGGCCAAAGGAAAGGGCAAGAAGGAUGACGAUUGGUCGGAUAAGGAAGAGAAGGAGAUCGAUCUACUAGCGGGCGGUGGCGGUGCAUCGGACGAUGACGAGGAUGACGAUGGGGACCGGAUGUUGGCCAUGAUGAGCAAAAAGGGGGCCAAAAAGAAGCAGCAGCAAACGGCCAAAAGCAAAAAGGUGGCCGCUAAACGGCAGGAUUCGGAGGAGGAAGACUGUGAAGAAGAGCUGGAGAGUGAACCGGAAGUAGUGCCAUCGAAAGUGGAGGUUCAACCAAAGGAAACACCCAAAGCAACGCCAGCACCGCCGGAAGUGAAGAAGGAUGAACCGGCCAAACCAGCCCCCGAGGUGGAAAAGCAGCUGGAACCAGCCAAACCUCCCCCCGAGGCGGGAAAGCCGGUGAAACCCAAAGUAGAAGCUCAACCUGAGCCAGAACCGGAACCCGAAAGUGAACGUCAAGCGAGCCCCGAUCCAGAAGUUGAUGAGAUGGCGGAUAGGGUGGCCGAAGAACUGUCCUUGGACGAUGCGGGCGAAGAGAAGGAGAAAAAGUUGACGCACAAGGAAAAAAAGAAGCUCAAGAAGCAGCAAGAGUUCGAGAAAAUGCAGGAAGCGAUGCUUCGGAAGGGUGGCCAGGGCCAUUCGGAUCUGGAUAGCAACUUUACGAUGUCGCAAGCCCUGAAGACGGGCAACCAGAGCAAGCACCAGGAGCAUGCGGUUGAUAUAAAGAUCGAAAAUUUUACCAUUUCGGCCAAGGGUAACGAUCUGUUCGUGAACGCGAACCUGCUGAUUGCCAACGGGCGCCACUACGGGCUGGUUGGUCCGAACGGCCACGGCAAGACGACGCUGCUGCGUCACAUCGCUAACCGUGCCUUUGCCAUUCCGCCCAACAUCGAUGUGUUGCUCUGCGAACAGGAGGUGGUGGCGGACGAAACAUCCGCCGUCGAGACCGUGCUGAAGGCGGACGUGAAGCGCACGGCGCUGCUGAAAGAGUGCAAGGAACUGGAGGAUGCGGUCGAGAGUGGCAAAAUCGAACUACAAGAUAAGCUGCAGGAGGUUUACAACGAGCUGAAGGCGAUCGGGGCCGAUUCCGCGGAACCGCGCGCCCGCCGUAUCUUGGCGGGGUUGGGUUUUUCGCGCGCAAUGCAAAACCGUCCUACGAACGCGUUUUCCGGUGGCUGGCGUAUGCGUGUGUCGCUCGCCAGGGCUCUGUUUAUCGAACCGACGCUGCUGCUGCUCGAUGAACCGACGAACCAUCUCGAUCUGAACGCCGUCAUUUGGCUGGACAACUAUCUGCAGGGCUGGAAGAAGACGCUGCUGAUCGUUUCUCACGAUCAGUCGUUCCUGGACAAUGUGUGCAACGAGAUCAUCCACUUGGACACCAAGAAGCUGUACUAUUACAAGGGCAACUACACGAUGUUCAAGAAGAUGUACGUUCAGAAGCGCAAGGAGAUGGUCAAGGACUACGAGAAGCAGGAGCGCCGGUUGAAGGAGCUGAAGGCACACGGACAGUCAAAGAAGGCAGCCGAGAAGAAGCAGAAGGAGAACUUAACUCGCAAACAGGAGAAGGGCCGCACUAAGAACCAGAAACCGGGCGAAGAGGACGAGGGCCCGGUUGAGCUGCUGUCCCGACCGAAGGAAUACAUCGUGGAUCUCUCCGGUGGCCAGAAGGCUCGUGUUGCGCUGGCGGAAUUGUGUCUCAAUGCGCCCGACGUGCUGAUUCUCGAUGAACCGACCAACAAUCUGGACAUUGAGUCGAUCGAUGCCCUUGCCGAUGCAAUCAACGAUUACAAGGGCGGCGUGAUAAUCGUUUCGCACGACGAACGUUUAAUUCGGGAGACCGAGUGUGCCCUGUACGUGAUCGAGGACCAGACGAUCAACGAGGUGGACGGUGAUUUCGACGAUUACCGAAAGGAGGUGUUGGACAGCUUGGGCGAGAUUAUCAACAACCCGAGUAUAUCGGCCAACGCCGCGGUGCUGCAGUGAUCGCUUGGCGGUGGCAACAAGACCGCGGUGGAAUUAGUGUUGCUUCUGCGUCCUGUUUUUAUUAUUACGUUUAAAUAUAUACACAAUUUGCCUC